AUGAAGCAUGAUAGCUUGGCACGAAAAGGAAAUCAACGCGGCAGUGCACGAAGAGCCGCUCUAAAUGGUGGCAGUAUCGAAGACGAAGUCGACGAGCCGCGAAAAAACAACCAGAUGAAGGAGAUGAACGAGCUCCGAGCUACUAUAGCUCGGACAGCCGCCAAAAUGAAGGUAGUCCGAUCCCAAGUCCAUCGUGCAAUCAGUUCGGCACUGGAGAUAGAUCGGACAACCGACCCGAAGGAACAUAUCCCAGCUUUUCAGAUCGGAAUGGGACGAGCCUUCUCGAGAAACACCCCCAAUCUCAGCGAAGCCGAAAGAGAUGCUGGUUUCUGCCUCCUUUUUGUCGAACACCUGAAAAGCGCAGCAUUGGAAUGGUUCUCGAGGCUUGAGCGCAACUCCAUUAAUAAUUUUCAGCAGCUGUCUGCCGUUUUUCUGAAACAAUACUCCAUGUUCAUGGACCGAGGAACCUCUGAUGCCGAUCUAUGGACUUUGUCUCAAGGAUCAAACGAGCCAUUGAGAGCUUACAUGGCUUGGUUUAAAGCAGUGGUGUUGAAGGUUGAAGGAAUGAGCGACAAGGCAGCUCUCGAAGCCUUGAAAAGAUCGCUGUGGUAUAAGUCCGAGUUCCGGAGAGAAAUGGCGUUGAACACGCCGCUCACUUUCCAAGAUGCUCUACAUCGCUCUGCCGACUUUGUCAUGAAUGAAGAAGAGAUGAAGAACCUAGACGAGCAGUACGAGUCGACAAAAGCGGUGAUCCGAAAUUCUCUGACGACGCGUCAAAGGAAUGUGAGAAGCAAUGACUAUGUGCACCACGAAGGGCCGAGACUACAAGGAGCCCACAAUUAUCAAGUGGGAGCAGGACGAGGCAAAGGACCAUGGAAUACUUGGACUUGGAACCCCCAAACUUAUGACGAAAAAGCAUUCUGCAAACACCACCACUUCUACGGGCACUCAACAGCAAACUGUCGGUUCUUGGCAGCCAGACUCGCCGCAAAGCGCAUAACAGGAGAGCCCGAAGAAACCGCAGCUGCCAAGGAGCCCGAAGACAAGAAGCAAGAAGGUGACGAAGUUAACCCCCGGAACAGAGAGCAAGGAAACCGAGGCAAAGCCCAAAAGCAAGGAAGGAGGAAUAACGAGGAUCCGCGAGAUGGCCCAGAAGAAGGAUCAAUAUGA